CCCACCUUAUUAAAACCACAAAUUCCCUAUCGUUAAUUAACUUUAAUUACCUCAAAAAAUUUUAAAAAUGGCAACCAAUAAUAAUGAAGUAAAAUUGUUGGAUUUUUGGGCAAGUCCAUUUGGGAUGAGAGUGAGGAUAGCAUUAGCUGAAAAAGGAGUGAAUUAUGAAAAUAGUGAACAAGAUUUGAAGAAUAAGAGUGAAUUACUACUUAAGAUGAACCCGGUUCAUAAAAAGAUACCGGUUUUUGUUCAUAAUAAUAAACCGCUUUGUGAGUCUCUUAUCAUUCUUCAAUACAUUGAUGAAGUUUGGUCUGAUAAACCUGCUUUGUUGCCUUCUGAUCCUUAUCAUAGGGCUCAAGCUCGUUUUUGGGCUGAUUUUGUUGAGAAGAAGGUUUACGUUGCUGGGAGGAGAGUUUGGACCACUAAAGGCGAAGAUCAAGAGGCGGUGGCAAAGGAAUUCAUUGAGCAUUUGAAGAUAUUGGAGCAAGAGUUGGGGAAUAAACCUUACUUUGGAGGAGAUAAAUUUGGGUUUGUUGAUGUUGUUUUCAUCCCAUUCUAUAGUUGGUUUUCCGCCUAUGAAACAUUGACCAACUUCAAGAUUGAAGAAUCUUGCCCAAAAAUCAUUGAAUGGGCUAAGAGGUGCAUGCAAAGGGAAAGUGUGGCUAAAGCUCUUCCUGAUAUAAACAAGGUUUAUGACUUUAUUUUGGAGUCAAUUAAGAGGUUGGGUCUUUAGAGAAGUUGGGUUUUUUAUGCUAUUGUAAUAUUGUUUUUUUAUAAAGAAAAAUGGUAAGGAGAAGAAACUUGACCAAAUCUUUAGUUUGAAAGUGACGGAGAAGGGUAAGAAAUAUUUUGAAAGUGACGGGGGAAGGGUAAGAAAUUUCUAGUUUUACACCCCUUAAAGUGCCUCUAGUGGGGAUUGAACCCCCAACCUCAAGGUUGGAAGGUACAAUCCUUACCACUUAGUAUAUUGUAAUAUUGUACGUAUGGUUUAGUGAGAGUAAUACUCCCUCCAUUUUUAAAUACUUGCUCCAUUUCUUCAUGCGCGGAGUUUUAGGAGAAAUUGGAGAAAGUAAUAAAAUAUAGAGGUAGUGGGGUAGUUGAGAGAAUAAAAAAUUGUAAAAAACAAAAGUAGUGGAAGAAUAUGAGGACAGAGAGUAUUAUGUUGGGUCCACUAAGUGUGAGAAAUGAAUUAAAUAUUGUAAAAGCUUUCUAAAAAAGGAAAUGGAACAAGUAUUUAAAAACGGCCGGAAAAGGAAAGUGGAGCAAGUAUUUAAAAACGGAGGGAGUACUCCGUAGUCAUGUAAAACGUUAUACGUGUAUGUCAUGUGUUGGUUUAGUUGUAUUUGUAUUAAUACGGGACAUUAAUGUAAUAGAAUUCAAGUGAGUUGAGACUCGAUUUAAAUUUAUUUAAAAACUUAAGGUGUAUAUUGUCGUAUGAAUUAUAUAAUGAUGUAACUUGAGUGUUUCUAGUCUAGUGUCUCUUGUUAAUCCGUACAUUUUGUCUGUGUUAAAUAUUACUCCGUACUAUACCAGUUACUUUGUCUCGUA